UUAUAAAGGUUCUCAUGAUCAUCCUAAACCCCAACUGAGCCGUCGAUUUACUCCUGGUGCUCUUAUGUCCAUCCAAGAAGAUAAAUUCUUUGUUGAGGACAAGUUCAACGCCAAUGCCCAGACCAGUAAAAUUGAGCCCAUUAGUACUCCCGUAUCACCUCAGCAAGUGGAUGCUGAUGGUCCUGAAGGGGCAGUUUCACAGAUGCAGGGCACUAAUGAUGAUAUGGAUGAGGAUGAUCCAUUUGUGAAAAGAAGGAAAAUGGAUGGUGCAGUGGAUAUAACACCAGUGAUUAAGCCAAUCCGUGAACCACGCGUUGUUGUUCAAACUGUCAGUGAAGUUGAUAUAUUAGAUGAUGGGUACCGGUGGCGCAAGUAUGGACAGAAGGUGGUCCGAGGCAAUCCUAAUCCUAGGAGCUAUUAUAAGUGCACCAAUGCUGGAUGCCCUGUCAGGAAACAUGUGGAGAGGGCUUCUCAUGAUCCCAAAGCUGUUAUCACCACUUAUGAAGGAAAACAUAAUCACGACGUACCUGCUGCAAGGUCUAAUAACCAUGAAAUGGCAGGAUCCACGCCUGUAACUGGCGGUUCAAGGAUCAGGGCAGAAGAGACUUACUCUAUUAAUCUGGAUCUAGGUGUUGGUUUUGGAUAUGGUGUGGAGAAUGGGAACAAUAGGCAACUUCACACCGUCCAUAACCAAGUUCAAGUUUCACGUUCCGGUAUGAUGGUAGUGCAACCAGCUGCAAUUGCAGCGCGCUAUGGUAUUGUAAAUGGUGGCAUGAGCCGGUUUGGACCUAUAGAUAAUCAUGUGCAAGGACAUGGUUUUGAGACUUUGCCUUUACAACCUUCUACUCAAUUUCCUCAAAACUAUGGAAAGAUACUCUUGGGCCCAUGAUUGUUUCUACCUCCAUGUAUAAGCUUAACAAUAAGAAGCCACCAUCUAUUUUUUCUUGAAUAUUGGUGGAUUACAAAAGACAUCUCUAGUUGAAGUAUAGAUACUUGCCCUCAUACUUCUAGGACCCAUCAUGCUGUAUUAUACAACUGCUCAGAAAAAUGUUGCACUUCCUUUGUACAUACCAACAGUAUUUUAGGAAGUGAACAACAGUGGAUGUCUGAGCAAAUAUCCACGCCUCCAAUAUCUUUAUCCCCAUGAAUAGGCAAAUUCUAUGUACUGUAACUAGGAGGCAAACACAUGGCAAAUGUAUUUUUUGAAAAUAAUAUGGUAAAGAUAAUAUAAAAGUGCUUUGGGAGA